ACUAAGCACAGCUUAUACUAUGGGUACUAAGCGGCGAUAUACACGCGUAUACAGAUAAAAACAUACUUAUAUACAUAGAAACACCCAUGACUCAGGAAAAAUUAUCUGUGCCAAAUAUGGUAACAAGUUCGAAGAGCGGUUGUGAAGCUGAAGUGGUAUGCCCCACUGUUGAUCAGUUCCUUGUCUUUCAAUCAAACUCCUAGUUUCACAAAACCUUCAUAAACUUAAAAUAUAAACUACUGGCUAGUUAAAUCUAGAUUAGUGGCGUAGAAUUAUUUUAGAAAAACAUAUUAUCAUAUUUAAAAAGAGAUGGGAGGUGGUAACAACAAUGAUUGAUUUACGAAUAUUAUUUUUUGUCAAAGAAAAUGCAAUAAGAAAACAAAAAUCACUAGAUUUUUUCCAAGCGUUUUUUUGUCUAUUCUUAGAAAACAGGUACCUAUUAUUUCAAUUAUCAAACCUAAAAGAACAAUGAACAUGGGGUAUUUUUAGGUUAUACAUAUAUUAUUAUCAGCUUUCAAAUGACACUAUUUUAAUCAGUGCCCCUAGUGUAAAUUUAGUCGAUAGCGAAACGUGACGUACGCGUUUGCGUUAAGUCUCAUUUUGUAUGGGUUUUUGAACAGCGCGCCAAGCGGGACGUUUUGGAAAGUCAAAAAUCUCAUACAAAAUGACACUUAACGCAAACGCGUACGUAACGUUUCGCUGUCGAAAAUAUUUACACUAGGGGUACAGAAUGGCAUGAAUAUUAGAAAUGUUACUGGGCGAAGAAGCCAGACGUCAAGUGAUUCCGUUUCUUUGCUUGCAAGUGUAUUACAAUAAAGUAUUAUUUGUUUCAACUGUAAAUAAUUGCUAGAUUUGCUAGCUGAAGAAAAUAAUAGGGUAACAUGUAAGACAUAAAUGCGCAGUGCACUUUUAAAAGUGAUUAACAUUCAGUUCUGUUUUGCAUGCAGUUCUUGUAACACCUUUCUUUAUACGUACAGCCAUGGAUGUUCGAUUUGACAAUACAUUCAAAUUAACUUCUGCGGCUUUGUAUUUGAAUUUAGCCCAUCCAUUCUUGACUAGAAAUCUACAAUGGGCGAUAAGAAUAUUUAUUUUCUAUGUCUUCUACACACCAAGUUUCAUAUUCUUGAUAUACAGUAGCUUCUACGAUACCUUCACUAAAAUUUGCACGAACCUCAGCAUAUCAGUACUUUACUGUAUUAACUUAUUCAACUAUGGCCUUUUAAUUAUUUACAAGAAACCUUUCAUGGACAUGAUCAAAAUAGUGGAAGAAAACUUGCGUAAUUCAAGAGAACUAAUUGAUGAAGAUGAGAAAACCGUUAAAGAAUUUACUGCUAAAGGGAUAAAAGCUGCAAAGUUUUGGACUUUCUGCUGUGUUCUUGUCGGUGUUAUGUUCUCUUCCAAAGCCGUCAUCGGUACCUCUUAUUCUGCGUUUACGGGGAAUUUCAAACCGGUCGCUAUACAUGAACUAACAUAUCCAGCUUAUAUAGAAGAAAGGAAGAAUGGUUUUCUCAUGUACAUAGUUAUCUUUGGUUUUCAUACUUUUUACAUCGUGUUCACGAUUUUCAUGGAUGCUGGGUUUAGUCCGCUGGGUCCAAUAUUCAUAUUGCAUGCGUGUGGACAAAUACAAGUUGCCAUUCAGCAAGUUGAGAGACUUUUUUUAGAUAAUGACAUUGAUGUUGAUGAUAUACUCAAUAAACUGAAAAAUAUAACACGCCGGCUUCAGAAUAUUUACAGUUUUGUAGAUCAAAUACAGUAUACUCAUCGACUCUUAUAUGAAAUGUGUCUGAAAGCAAGUACCAUUUUUGUUGCGAUUUCCUUGUUUGCUAUUAUCGAGUCAUACAAGGAAGGCAGUCUCAACUUCGACUUACUUUGCUACUCCUUUUCUGCUCUUUUGCUAUGCGGAAUUCCAUGCUAUUAUUGCGAAGCUCUCUUGGGUAAAGGCGCGGAACUCCGAGUCGCUAUAUACGAGUGUGGCUGGGAAAGGUUUUGGGUUCCGAAGAGUCGCUCCAUAAUUCUGGUGUUACUGACUAGGACCGUGCGCCCUCUAGGAAUUAAAACUGUGUUUUGUACUCUCUCUUUGGAGGCGUUUGGCGACGUAAUAAAUCAGGUGUACACAAUUUUUAAUGUUAUGAACGCGGCUUAUAACUGAACCUUGCACAACCAAACGUGUAGCAAUAAUACAUUGAUUGCCGAGGAUCGGAAAAUAAGGGAUUGCGUGAGGAGGUAGUUGGAAGGCCAAUUCAAACGUGCAUCUGACAUCGAAACCGUAUCAGUUAGCUGUGAUUCGCGCGUUCUUUUCGUUCAGACUUGGCCGUACUUGUGUCAGUGCGAGCCAAAGGUUCCGUCACAGUGACGUGGAUGCGUUUCGGAGCGGGGCGGUAGCAAGGCGGUGAUGUCACAUUGAACGCGGUCGGCGUAUUGGAAGCAUUUUGAUCGUGGACCCGUAUACAUAUACCCACGAUACGACGUCGUCUCACGUUGCGGCGUCGUGCAACGUUACGGCGUCGUAUGGUACCCACACCGUCCCCAAAAAGACGGCCAUUCGACCACCCCACCAGUCGGUGGGGAAGCGACCCGCGACAGCCGCCGCAGCCAUUGUGCGGUAGCGGCCCCUCAUACCCCCCUGACGGGGGGUAUCGACAGAACACUCAAGUCGUCGUAUGGUGGGUAUACAUACCCACGAUACACGAAUAUUAACUAACACACUCAAUCAGUUUCUCCGUAACAUCCGUCCUUGCAAACAAUAUUGUUAUUCACUUCUUUCCGCACAACCGCUCCGCCUCCGAUCUGCGCUCAAUGUGACGGGCGAGUGGCUGCGCCCGCGUCAGUUCCGUAUUCGGUCGGCGGAUCGAGGGCGGAUUGAACGCGGUGCCGCACUUCGGCAAGUGGCAUAGCUCAUAACGUUCUAUGCAUUCUGAGUUGCGCGGUACCGCACGCAAUCCGCGUCGGCUCCGCUACCGCGUCAAUGUGGCUGACCUUAAGUGAUAUAUUUCCUAUAUUAAUCCAAUAUUGUUUCGAUGGCAGGAUCACGUUCGAAUUGGCCUAAGGGCGAGACGUCAAAGCCUAACAAGAGUAGAGUCUAAUAUUAACUGUAUUCACUAGAGCUUAUAUAGUUACUUUCUCUAGCAAUGCGAGGAAAUAUAGGUACUUAAUAUUGAAAACAACCUGUAACCUUAGUGCUUAUUAAAUUAGCUGUAAGGCAUUAUUUCUAUGGCUACUUUUAGAUCUAAGCAAUUUUAUAGUUGACGAAAUUCAAUUUAUACCGAUUGGUAAUAAAACUUUUUCUCUACGAAUACAAAAGGAUAAAAGAGGUGUGAAGUGUAUAGUGGGAAUAACUAGUUAUGAUACUUUGUGUUUCUGGGAUAAUAUCAACACGUUAUUACACGUUAUUGAGUAAGCAGAGGCGGGGCGGACAGGGUAGGCAUAUAGCGGGAUGGAAUAAAAUAUGUUAUUAGGUAAAUGAAACUUUUUUCGACACAAAUCGUAUUUACUUUGAAAUUAAUGUUUCUUUACAUAUUUUUUUUAAAUAACGGAUUACAAAUUUUAAAAUUGAUAUACUAGGAAAACUUAGAAAUUAAAAAAUAACUAGGAUCAAGAUUGUUUAGUUCAAGUAUACUUUAAGCAAAACAGGCUGCUAAUUAUUUUAUUACUCUAUCGUAAAAGAGCCAUUCUCGAUAACAUUUAUCGGUGCAAAUGAUAUUUCUUCGACUAUACUCGAGUUCUUUUCAUCAUCAAUAAUGACGGUAGUUAAAAUUCUCAGUAGGUCACACAUGCUUAUUACUGGUCUUUGUUAUUUUCUUGCAAUACAACUCUUAAUGAUGAUAAAUCCGUCUCUCAAUUAAGUUGACUGUUUUUUUUUAAUACUACGUCGGUGGUAAACAAUCAUACGGCCCGCCUGAUGGUAAGCAGUCUCCGUAGCCUAUAUACGCCUGCAACUCCAGAAGAGUUACAUGCCCGUUGCCGACCCUAAACCCCCUCCCCCCUCGAUGAGCUCUGGCAAGCUUACUCACCGGCAGGAACACAACACUGUGAGUAAGGUUUAGUGUUAUUUGGCCGCGGUCUUCUGUAAGGUGGAGGUACUUCCCCAGGUGGGCUCUGCUCUAGAUCUGGAAUGAUAUCCGCUGUGCUGUGCCCUACCACACAAAGCGAGAUGACAUUAACAAUGCCCAUACCUCUCUUUUGGCCGUAGUUUAAGGACGUGCCCCGAGCUCCAAAAACUCUUAGGCAGUGUCUUACCUGAGCGAAUAACUCGCGACCGCGGGUGAAUUCAAUCCUUUGAUACCUAUGCAAGUGUCCUACGUGGGCGAUCUCCGAAUGCCGUUGGGCCGUCGCGUCGCGCCGCAUCGUAUUCGCGAGUCAUCGCCCACGUAAGCCGCGCUGUCAGUUUUGUAGUAAGAGUGACAUUCGGAUAGCGACAGCAGCGUUACUGACAAUUAAUUAAUUGACAUGACUUUCUAAUCGCGUAAUUUCAAAUGACAUUGAUAUUUUUCACAUAAAAAAGGACGCUUAGGAAUUUCUUUCAUUUACCCGUCUGUUGCUGUCACUAUCGCACGCGUAAGGCCCCACGUUGUUUGUUCUCAAUAGAAAUUUGAAUACUCAAGCCGUAGCCAUUUUGUUGGUUACAUUGCCUUGUGUGCGUAAAAAUGUGUAUGUGUGGGUUUUUAGGGA